GGCGCUCACAUCCAUAGAAGGCUGGGGAGCCGCCGGGACACGGGCCUCUCGCGCUCGCCUCGCCGCCUCCCACCGCUUUCUUCUCCGCGUCAACCUCUCCCCCGCCGCCGCCACCCUCGGACGCAGCCCCAGAAAGUUUGUGCGGCCGAGUGCGGGCUGGGUGCGGAGGGCGCGCCCGGGAGCGCAGCGAGACCGCGCGCCUCAGCCCGCCCAGAGGGGAGCGCCCCGAACCCAGGCGGCGGCGGCCGAGCCCUGAGCCCGCGCCCCCGGCCCGCGCCCCCCGCCCGCCAUGGGCGCCGCGGCCCGCAGCCUGCGGCUCGCGCUCGGCCUCCUGCUGUUGGGAACGCUGCCCCGCUGGGCCGACGCCUGCAGCUGCUCUCCGGUGCACCCGCAACAGGCGUUUUGCAAUGCAGACGUAGUGAUCAGGGCCAAGGUGGUCGGCGAGAAGGAGGUGGGGUCGGGCAAUGACAUCUACGGCAACCCCAUCAAGAGAAUCGAGUACGAGAUCAAGCAGAUCAAGAUGUUCAAAGGACCCGACAAGGACAUCGAGUUUAUCUACACGGCCCCCUCCUCCGCCAUCUGCGGGGUCUCCCUGGACGUCGGCGGAAAGAAGGAAUAUCUCAUCGCCGGAAAGGCUGAGGGGGACGGCAAGAUGCACGUCACCCUCUGUGACUUCAUCGUGCCCUGGGACACCCUGAGCACCACCCAGAAGAAGAGCCUGAACCACAGGUACCAGAUGGGCUGUGAGUGCAAGAUCACGCGCUGCCCCAUGAUCCCCUGCUACAUCUCCUCCCUGGACGAGUGCCUGUGGAUGGACUGGGUCACGGAGAAGAGCAUCAGCGGGCACCAGGCCAAGUUCUUCGCCUGCAUCAAGCGGAACGACGGCUCCUGCGCGUGGUACCGCGGGGCGGCGCCGCCCAAGCAGGAGUUCCUGGACAUCGAGGACCCGUAGGCAGGCCGCGGCGCCCCGCCCCCGCGGCCGACCCCAGAGCCUCCGAGAGUGCAGACUGGUCUAGCUCCGACACCCCUCCCCGGAAACAGCAUGAAUAAAGCAGUCCUCCCAGUGGGUCUAAAUCCGUGUCGUUCUCCGCCCCGCCCCGCCCCCCGCAAACACGGCUGCGGCUCUGGAGGGACAGGCCCGUCCCUGCACGGCACCGCCGGCCUGGGCUCCGAGCGCCUCGGUCUCGGUCCCGGGCUGCAGGCAGGGGCGGGACGCGGGCUUCUCCCCAGGCCCGGCCUUGGCACUGCACCGGCGCUGAGCGGGCAGCACUUCGGGGGCCACCGCCCUCCCCCUGGCCUGGUCAGGGCAGAGCCUGGGAACGUGCAUUUUGCAGAAACUCGAGGGUCGUCGCAAGACUGUGUAGCAGGCCUACCAGGUCCCUUCGUCUGGACAGGGGCACGUCCCUCGUUUCCUGCAGCGUCCACCCCGCCCGCCCUGGGGUGGCCCGCCCCCGCCCCCGGCUCCCCGGAGCUGACUCGGACGGCACACCUGUGACUCCCGCGUUCCAGGGGCAGCUCGUUCCCCGGGGAGCCCCCGUCACUCCUGUUCCUCCAUCCACAGAAUUCAGUGGGCGCUCCCUCCGGGGUGAGGGGAGAUGUGGGCGUGACCGCUCCCAUGUCAGCCAAGUCGUUGCAGCCCCCCCACACACACACACAUUCCCCAACCCUUGGGGGGACCUCAGACCUUCCGUCCCGAGGACAGGUGCUGGGGGGCACCAUUGGCCGCCCUUGCGGUUUAGCCUUGAGCUCCCAGAGUCCCUCCUGCCCCUGCCUCCUUGCUCUGGCCUCCAUGCUGAGACACGGGCUCUGCAGGGCGCAGCGUGUGGCCAGAGGCACAAGGUGGCCGUGCCCUCCACAUGCGUCCUGGGGACUUCAACAGCCCGGUCCUGCUGUGUCCCCCCUCACCCCCCAGACUGGCAGUCCCUGUGCCUGGACUUCCAGGCGGGAAGUUAGCCUAGUGUCCUGUGAAGUCCCACCCAGGGAGGGACGAAUUUCGGCACAGGUGGCUUCCGUGAAACUCCCUUCCUGCUGGGCCCCCAGGACGCGGUUGCCGGCUUUAAGAGGCAUCGGGCUCCUGUUGCUAAAGACGGCUUCUCAGGCCGUGCACGCACCCACCCACAGGUGCCCUGGCUUCUGCUGGUGUCCCUCACGGCGCCAAGAUGUCUCCCUUAAGAAACCUCGUUCCUAGGGAGCUCGGGGACCUAUUCCCCAAGGGUGGUUUUCGGAUGCCGGCCACGUGGGGGUUAACACUGGCAGAGAUUGCUCAGUAAGAACAAAGAUAAUCUUUUCAAUCCUACUUGUUUUGUAAGGACCAGCUGUUCGGAGUGUAUGGUGACUAUCAGGCGCACACACACGUCAGGCACACGUGCAUGCACGCCCACGCACCACGAAACCGUGGCCGGCCUGCUGGCCUGCGAGGGUCCCCCCCGCCGACCGCUUCCAAAGUCACCACCUUCCAAGCCUGCCCUCUUCUGCAGGGACCCCCACAGCGCCUGCAAGACCCCUGACCCCCGAGUGGCAUGCAGCCCCGUGCGCAGCCGGGACCCGGUCAGCGGAGACCCCGAUGACUUCCCUUCCCGGGGCAGACGAGGAGAAGAGCCGGGGACCAGCCCCGCUCCAAGGGCGCAGGCGUCCGCGCUGUGCGGCGGCGGGAAGUCUGCGAGGUGCCUGGGAUCAGUCCGCGCCGGCCCUCCGGGCGCUGCGGCCGCCCCUCCCGCCGGCUGCCUGCACGGGGUUAUCCUCUGUAACGUGCACUCCCGUUUCCGCUGACUCUGCCGAUGUUCUGGCUGGUCUCGGACGCCCGUUGUAAUCACUCCUGUGCUGUGUGUGUUAUCACCCCUGGUCGGCGUUAGACGGGCACCUUCCCUUUCGAGGUCUCUGCCCGUGGCAGCGCGGGCCCCAGACCGGAGAGUGCGGUGCGGUCCCAGCCCGGGGCGGCGGUUCCUCCAGCUCUCGCCUUGCAUUCUUUCGAGUUAUCGUUGCUAUUUCUGUCUCCCGUCUUUUCUCGGGUUCAAGGUAUCACAAGGAAAAGGACCUCUGAGUCGGUUGGUCUUUGUAACUUAAUCCACGCACAGUGGUCCAUUAGCCAGGCCAAGCGGGAGAAAAAGAAAAAGCCGAGAGGAAGUGCCCAGUGGCGGCCGAGGGACGAGGCCACUCGGAUCCCGUCGCGGUGUCCGCGCGGUGGAAGAAGGCCCGGCACUCGGCGGCGUCGUGAAUUUAUGUUAUGUGCUGAGCGCUGCUCUCUCUCCUCCCUCCGUUGUCUUUAUGCAAGCGACUCAAAAUAUUUACAAUAAAGUUUACAUUGUAGUUAUUUCCAAACCUUUGCUUGAUGAGUAAUAA